GCUGCUUCAUCGGACCACUACCACGAAGUUUGUAUCCAAUUGCCAAAAUAACAACAAAAAUCAAACUAGCUCCCUCGAACACUCUCGGAAAAUGUCUGACGACGAUGACUUUAUGAUGGACGAAGGUGGUGAUGAGGAGUACGAUUUUGAUUACGAGGAUGAUGACCAGGAAGAUGUGGACACGGAUAUGGAAAAUAAGUACUACCAAGCUAAGAAUUAUAAAUCAGAUAACCCAGAGAAAGCGCUCGCAGAUUGGAGAUCGAUCGUGGAGACUGAAAAUCCAAAGGGCGAAUGGGGAUUCAAAGCUCUCAAACAGAGUACCAAGUUGAACUUCCACAGGGGGAAGUAUCAAGAAGCUUUAAAAACUUAUACCGAGCUGUUGGAUUAUUGCCAAACUGCUGUUACCAGAAACGCGGCCGAAAAAGCGAUCAACGGAAUUUUGGACUAUGUUGGUGUCGCUCAGGAUCUGGAUACCUCAUUAAUGCAACAAUGGUAUGAGGUUACUCAACAGGCCUUACAAGCUGCCAAGAAUGACAGAUUGAACGUCAAAAUUGAAUUGAAAUUGGCCAAGAUUUGGAUGGAUAAGAAAGAAUACACAAGACUAGAACAGGUCAUUGAAAAAUUACGCAUGGCCAUCAACGCGCCCAAUUCAACAUCAGGUUCAUCUAAUCAAAAAAUGGAAAGUUUUGACGGUGACAACUCGAUUGGAACCCUCUUAUUGGAAGUGUUGGCUCUCGAGAUCCAGAUGUAUACUGACCGAAAAGAGAAUAAGAAGUUGAGGGAAAUUUACGAUCAAACCCUGACUGUCAAAUCAACAAUUCCCCAUCCAAAAAUCAUGGGGAUCAUCAGAGAGUGUGGGGGCAAAAUGCACAUGUCUGAAAAAAAUUGGACGGCCGCGCAAUAUGACUUUUUUGAGGCGUUCAAGAACUACGACGAAGCGGGAUCUCCACAACGAAUAUCGUCGUUGAAAUAUUUGGUCCUGGCGCAUAUGCUCAUGAAUAGCGGAAUUGAUCCGUUUGAUUCUCAAGAAACCAAGCCAUACAAACAAGAUCCUCAAAUCGUGGCAAUGACCAACUUAGUAGCGGCCUAUCAAAGACAAGAUGUCCACGAAGCCGAGAAAAUUAUCAAAAAUAACCGGGCAACAAUUCUCGAUGAUCCAUUUAUUGCUAACUACAUUCAGGAUGUCUUGACGUCCCUGAGAACUCAAUGGAUUUUAGGCAUCUUGCAAUCGUACAACAAAAUCGAAAUUGCUCAUGUCGCACGUCAAUUGAAAAUCUCAGAUAGUGAGGUAGAAGAGAUCAUGCUCCUUUUGAUACUUGAUGAAAAGAUUUCAGGUAAACUAGACCAAGUCAAUGGCGUUCUGGAACUCAACCACGAUUCUGAGAUUGAAAACCGACAUUACAAAUCAUUGGAAAGAUGGAAUUCAGAAUUAAAUAAGUUACAUUCCAACCUGAUCCAAAAGACCAGCCAGACUUACAAUGCGUUUAGCUCGGGUCAUCAUAAUAAUAAUUUCUAUGCUUGAUUUGGGUUUCACUAUCAUAUCCUUUGUCGCUAUCUUGAAAUUUUGUGAUAUUCGAUGCUCAUCUUAACAGCCCAUUUGUAUGAAUAAUGACUACUUGAAUCUAUGGUAUCCCACACAAAUU